CCCUCCGACCACCGCGAGAUCCUAUCGUCGGCCGUGGAUCCGGUGAGAUUCUCGACGAAGAAGGAGCUCUAUCGUCGCCUCUGCGAUUCCAUUCUCAUCGACGGCGGCAACAUUAGUUUUGGAUUGGAUAAAGGGAGUGGAAAGAAGCGGAUUGUGACUUCUGUGAGGGGGCUUUCAAUUGUUUGGGGAGACGCUCCGCGGUAUUGGAAGUGGAAAGAAGCUGAAAACUCAAGGUUUGCCGAGGUUGCUGAGCUCACAUCUGUAUGUUGGCUGGAGAUCAAAGCCACUAUCAACACCGACAUUCUUUCUCCAAGAACAACGUACCGUGCAUACCUCAUCUUCAACACGGUUCGCGGAUCGUACGGCCUCACGUUUCCAACCCAAGAGACCUCCAUCAAAAUUGGAUCUCAAGUGAUCUCCAAACACAAUGUGUGCUUGCAGCCGGAUGUGAGCGACCCACCUAAGCCGUGCCUGACGCUGUUGGGCCGCUCAGCUGUGUUUCGUGUGCCACCAAGGCCCGCAGACAGCGACGGUCCUGUUCAGAGCCCAGUUACAAGAGGGGAUGGAUGGAUGGAACUAGAGAUGGGGAGGUUUUUCAUUGAAGAGGGGAAGGGAUGCGAGGUGGAGAUAAGCUUGACCGAGAUAAAAGGAGGGCAUUGGAAGAGGGGACUGGUUGUGCAGGGGAUUGAGUUGAGGCCUGUAGAAUAAGCUGGAGGGGUGUUUUGCUUGCACCAUGCAGAUAUCUAUCGAUUUCUGUAUUUGCGACAUGUUUGUACUGUGGACGUAUUUGGAAUACCGCAUGUUUUACUGCUCGCUCAGGCAUGUAACUUCUGAGUAGUGAUGAAAUAGCUCGCCUGUGAUGUGCAGAAGCCUAUCUAUUCUGCAAAUUGAGAUACUAGCUCUAGAUAUGCAUCUCGCGCGUAUUAUGAACAUAUAUAAUUUGGAAUGUGUUAUGUUUUAUACGUAUCGUGUAAUUUUUCUUUAGUGACUCGUAUGUAAAUUACAAUCUCCGUCGUGGAUGGAUGGAUGUCGGGCGUCGACUUCCUUCACCUCUCAUGUGAUCCUUGCUUUUUGUCA